AUGGGCCGCUCGGCUUGGGCCUCCUGUCUCCUCUCAAGGGUUACAUGGGCCGCUCGGCUUGGCGGUGGCGUGCUCGUCAUUUGGAAACUCCCCAUAUGGAGAUCGUGGCGCCUCCAUAAAUAUAGGAUCGAUCACUCUUUCCUAAUCGUAGCAACCUCCUCCCCUCCGCAUUAUCUCCCCUCGUCGUCCUCCACCGCCGCCGCCGCCGAGAUGAGAAAGCCAGGAAAAGACACCGCGAAGCCGUCCUCGGCCACGAAGAAGGUAUCCAAUCACUCUAAGAUCGUCGGGGGCGUCAAGUCAUGCCGCAACUGCAGGAACGGACAGGCUCCGUGUCUGUCCCCGGGGAGCGUCAACAUGUGCUGCAACUGCUUGAACCCAGAGUGGAGCACCUGCGUGAACGGAUGUCUGUCCUCGGAUACGGGCACCGACGGCGAGUCAAGCUACAAGUUAUCGCCGAGCCAGUACGUUCAGGAACUGCAGAUCAAGAAGCUCCAAGAGAAUGCCGAAGCCAUGGCUAGGCAGAUCGACGACCUCCAAAAGAAGCAGGUCGCCAUGUCUAGUCAGAUUGCGGACCUCAAAAAUGAGGUCGAUGCCAACUUUGCCAAGAUUUAG